AACGAGUCCUUGGAGACACCGGGCAUGGCGUCGCUCCGUUGUGGAACCGCCGUCUGCGUGGUCUGCUUGGAGAAGCCCAAAUACCGCUGCCCGGCUUGCCGCGUGCCCUACUGCUCGGUGACCUGCUUCCGGAAGCACAAAGAGCAGUGCAGCCCUGAAACUCAUUCUGUAAAGAAAAAAAGAAGUUCAUCUCUUCCUACAAAAACUGCAAAGCCUGUGGAAAACAAAGAUGAUGAGUCAUCUAUAGCUGAUUUUCUCAAUAGUGAUGAGGAAGAGGACAGAGUUUCUCUGCAGAAUUUAAAGAAUCUAGGGGACUCUGCAUCACUGAGGAGCUUAUUGCUCAAUCCACACCUUAGACAGCUGAUGGUCAGCCUCGAUCAGGGGGACGACAAAGCAACGCUCAUGAGAGCUUAUAUGCAAGAGCCCUUGUUUGUGGAGUUUGCAGACUGCUGUUUGAGAAUUGUGGAACCGUCCCAGAAUGAGGAUUCUUAAGAUGGAUUAUUGUGCUGCCUGCCUCAAGCGUGCGUGUGACUCCGAGAGCCUGCCCCGCCUCCCUGGAGACCAGCUAGUGUGGAGAGAGGCCUCACGGGAGCUCUGAGCGAGGGAGGUGAGUUCUAGCAUGCUGACCAGCUGACUGAUGUGAGCUGUGUGGGUCUUCGCCUCCAUCAACACGGAUUCAUGUUUCCGGCAGGUGGGAGUACUCGAAAUGACAAACCCGUUAUGGAGAGAAAACUCAACAUUCAAAUGGAUUGUUUUAAAAUGUUUUAUUUUUGGUAUGGCUAAGAUUGACGUCAUAAAUGACGAUAUCAAGUUUUUUAUACCUGUUUGAGCUAAAAACUUGACCAGUGUUACUAAAUAAAAUCAAAACGUAGUAGUUCUAUUGUAUGUUUCAUCAUCCUUGGUUUAUGAUAUUCUAAUUAUUUGAAAUUACAUUAAAUAAAUUAACAACUUGUUAAA